ACAAUUUUCUUUUUGGGCGGCGCUUUUCGGGGAAACUGUUUCGGUGUCGGAAAUCGAAGAAUUGAAGUUUUGCAGGCCAAAAAGCUGUUGUGACAUUUUUUUGGCAAAGCAAAACGCAAUGGCGCCAAAGACGCCGCCAUUUUCGCAGCUCGACAAAAUGGCGACAAGGACAUCCAGUUGGCUCUGCCGCCUGCUGCUUUUCGGCUUUUGCAUUGGCGCCGCCGCCGCUCGAGACAUUCCAUCGCCGAUGGCCCAGACAGAGGUGGCCUUUUACUGCCCGGGAGAGGGGCUGUUUGCGGACGACUACGAUUGCCGGAUUUAUUACCGCUGUGAGCGGCGGUCGGGCCAAUACAUCCGACCCUACCUUCUGGCCUGUCCCGAGGAUGCGGUCUUCUCGCGCGCGCUGCGAAUGUGCCUGCCACCAGCGAUGGCUGGGCGGGAUGAGUGCGUGGACCAGGUGAACGAGGUGGAUGGAGGCAGCAUGGAGCAGUGGGAGCAGGACGACUUCGGGCAGGAUGACCAUAAUGCGAUGCUUAACCUGGCCGUCACACCUGCGGCCAACGAGCUGCGUACCUAUGCGACCACCCAUCGGCUGCCCACGAAUUAUGGCCUGACAGGGCUCAGCGGUGUCUCCGUGAUAUCCUUUUCCAGCUCAUCAUCCCUGAGAGCUGUUGGAUCAGAGGAGGAGGAUGGCGGUUCGGGAGUAAUAUGUCGGGAUGAUGGCUUCAUGAAUGAUCCCAGCGACUGCACCGUGUUUUAUCGCUGCAUCUCGAAUGGUCGAGGCUACAACAAAAUCGGCUUCCGGUGUUCCGAUGGCACUGCGUGGGACGAGUCCCUGCAGGCCUGCAACCACAUGUUUGACGUACGUGCCAACGGUGGCUGCCGCAAUCAGGCGGAGCCACAGAACGAUGGUUAUUAUGCCGGGCAAACGUCAACACAAUCGUCACAGUCCAGCUACCAGAACUCCACCUCAAGCAGCCAGCAGAGCUCGUCCACCAGUUCUUCAAACUCCUCCCAAAGCUCCAGUUCUACAUCAAGUUCGACAUCUAAUUCUAGCUCGAGUCAGGAGUCCUCCACAUCCAGUAGCAAUCAGCAGUCGAGCUCUACCUCUGGCAACAAUCAGGACUCGGGCUCCAGCAACAAUCAGGAGUCGAGCUCGGACUCUAGUAACAAUCAGGAGUCCAGCUCGGGUUCCAGCAACAAUCAGGAAACCAGUACGAGCUCCAGCAGCAAUCAAGGGUCAAGCUCCCAAAACUCUGGCAGCAAUCAGUCCUCUAGCAGUAACCAAAACCAAAGCUCUGGCAGUAGUCAAAGCUCGGGAAAUAACCAAUCCUCAAACAAUAAUCAAAACUCCAGCAGCAACCAAAACCAAAGCUCUCAAAAUUCCGGCAGCAACCAAAGCUCUAGCAGCAACCAAAAUUCAGGAAGCAAUCAAAGUUCUAGCAGCAACCAGUCCUCAAAUAACAGUCAAAAUUCCGCCAAUAAUCAGAGUACAGGCAGCAAUCAAUCUUCCAAUUCCAACAGCAACCAAUCUUCUAGCUCUAGCAGCAAUCAGAGCUCUUCGAGCAAUCAAACUGCCAGUGGAUCCAAUAAACCUGUUCCCACUGAAUGCGAAGAUGAAAACACUUAUAUCCCCGAUAAAGAAGACUGUGCCAAGUUCUACAGAUGCCGCCAAGAUAAGGAUGGAAAAUUAGAACAAGUGCCUUUCACCUGUGGUCCCGGCACUGUAUGGAACCAGGAAGAUAAGGUCUGCGAUCUUCCCAAUGAAGAUCAAAAGAAGAAAUGCAACAUUCAGUCGGGUUCAUCUAGUGGUAGCAAUAACUCUGGUAGCAGCGAAAGCUCCUCUAAUCAAGGCUCAUCCAGCAACCAAUCCUCUGGUAAUCAGGGUUCGUCCAGUAACCAAGGCUCCUCCAGCAAUCAAGGCUCGUCUAGCAGUCAGGGUUCCUCCAGCAACCAAGGCUCCUCUAGCAGUCAAGGCUCGUCUAGCAACCAAGGCUCCUCCAGCAGUCAAGGCUCAUCAAACAAUCAAACAUCAAGCAAUCAAGGCUCAUCCAGCAACCAAUCAUCCAAUCAAGGCAGCAGUCAAGGCUCAUCUAAUAAUCAGUCCUCCAAUCAAGGCUCAUCUUCAUCGUCCACAUCCAACAACCAAAGCUCCUCGAGUUCCAACAACAAUUCAUCUAGCAAUAGUACGAGCACUCAAUCGACAACUUCCAAACCGUCCAAUCCCGAUGGUCAAUGCCAGGAUACGGAAACUUAUUUGGCAGAUAAAAAAGACUGUGCCCGAUUCUAUCGUUGCGUAGAGAAUGGUAAUGGUGGCUUUAAUACGGUUUCGUUUGAUUGUUCUCCGGGAACGGUCUGGGAUCCCGAUACCAAGGGGUGCAACCAUCCCACAGAUGUCCAAAAGGAACAGUGCAAGGCAAUGGCUAAUGGCUCAAAUCAAGGAUCUGCUUCCAACCAAGGAUCUUCCUCCAAUCAGGGAUCUUCCUCCAACCAGGGAUCUUCUUCCAACCAGGGUUCCUCUUCAAACCAAGGAUCUUCUUCCAACCAGGGAUCAUCCUCCAAUCAGGGAUCUUCCUCCAAUCAGGGAUCUUCUUCCAACCAAGGUUCCUCUUCCAACCAGGGUUCGUCUUCAAACCAGGGAUCUUCUUCCAACCAGGGAUCAUCCUCCAAUCAGGGAUCUUCUUCCAACCAGGGUUCCUCUUCAAGCCAGGGAUCUUCUUCGAACCAGGGAUCCUCUUCCAACCAAGGAUCUUCAUCCAAUCAGGGAUCAUCUUCCAAUCAGGGUUCCUCCUCAAACCAAGGAUCUACCUCCAACCAAGGAUCUUCUUCCAUCCAGGGUUCCUCAUCCAACCAAGGAUCUUCUUCCAACCAGGGGUCUUCGUCCAAUCAGGGUUCUUCCUCCAACCAAGAAUCUUCUUCCAACCAGUCCUCUUCUAAUCAAACUUCGACAUCUCAGCAGUCGUCGUCUUCUAACCAAACUUCAUCCUCAAGUACAGAAGGAUCAUCAUCAUCUACCACUCAGAAACCCUUUAAGCCCGCUGAGAAAUGUGAGAAUGAGGAAACAUUCCUCGCAGACAACGAGAAUUGCUCCAAGUUCUAUCGCUGCGUGGACAACGGUAAGGGUGGAUUUAAUAAAGUCUCGUUCACCUGCCCUCCCAAUACUCUCUGGGAUCCUGAGGCCAACAGCUGCAACCAUCCCGAUCAGAUUCAGACCAAACCGCUUAAGUGCAAAAAAGUGGUUAAUCAAGGCGAAUCCUCAUCUAGCAGCAGCAGCUCAUCUUCGAAUAGUUCAUCAAACAACAGUGGUUCCUCUUCAAACAGUGGUUCAUCUUCCAACAGUUCAUCUUCAAACAGUGGAUCGUCUUCAAACAGUGGUUCAUCUUCAAACAGUGGAUCAUCUUCCAACAGUGGCUCAUCUAAUCAAGGCUCCUCCUCCAACAGUGGCUCGUCUUCUGGUGCCAAUUCAUCCGGAAAUGGGUCGAAUUCAUCGUCAUCAUCUUCAUCUUCCUCAAGCAACAACAAUAACCAAGGUUCAUCCUCAUCAACCUCUAGUUCAUCCUCCUCCAGUAGCAGCAGCUCAACCACAUCGAAACCAAAUCCUUCUGAAACCUGCAAAGUCAAUGGACAAUUUAUUGGCGAUCGAAAGGAGUGUAAUAAGUUCUAUCGCUGCGUGGAUAAUGACAGAGGAGGCUUUAAUAUGGUAUCCUUUAACUGCGGCCCUGGCACAGUUUGGGACGCCCAACUUCAGGCCUGUAACCAUGCUUGGGCUGUAAAGGAGUGCGGUGGUGUUGCUCCUUCUCCUACCACCUCCAAACCAACAACCACCACCACCUCUAGGCCUUUAGGCCCAUCUUCCACUUCCAGGCCUCCAGGCCCAUCCUCCACUUCAAGGCCUUCAGGCCCAUCAUCCACAUCCAGGCCAUCCGGUUCAUCUACUACAUCCCGUCCGAUAACCACCCGACCAACUACUUCCUCUCCAUCGUCUUCAUCUCCUUCGUAUCCAACAACCUCACCCGCUACUCAGUCACCCAACACUAAUGGAAAAUGUACUUCAGAGGGCUUUAUGGCGGAUCCCAACAACUGCUCCAAGUUUUAUCGCUGUGUAAGGAACAACAAAGGUGGCUUCACUCCAAUUCCAUUCCAAUGUGGAGCUGGUACAGUUUGGGAUCAGGAUCUGCAGACUUGCAACCACAAUUUCAACAACUGCAACACUGGCACUGAGGCAAGCACACCGAAACCUCCCUGUGAACCAACAGCCAAUGGAACUUCCACCACACAGGAACCUAUAACCACUACAACCCAAGACAGCAACCCAACUACUAUACCCCCGACAACAACAGAUUUGCCGCCCACCUCUACAACAGGAACACCACCCACUACUACUACGAAAAAUCCACCCACUACAACCACAGGCUUACCACCUACCACUACUACGAAAAAUCCACCUACUACAACCACAGGCUUACCACCCACCACCACCACACAAACACCACCCACAACGACCACAGAAAUACCAAUCAGUACUACAACUUCAGUGCCGCCCAGUACAACAACAAUCAGUUCGGAAUCUGAAACUACAACAAUGACAUCAAAUUCGGAAACCACCACCCAAACGCCGCCUACAACACCCACGAAUCAGCCGUCUACAACCACUAUGAAACCCCUACCUGCUGGCACUGAAUGCACCGGUGAGGGAUACAUGGCCGAUCCCGAAGAUUGUAGGAAAUACUACCGAUGCAUCAAGGCAGGAGCUUCUUACAGAAAGUACAACUUUACCUGUCCCAAGGGCACAGGAUGGAACGAAGAUGUCCAGACCUGUGACUACAUGGAGAACAUUCCGAGGUGCUCGAAGUUGCCCACUGAACCACCGACCACAAACUAUCCAGAGACUACAACACCAAAUGAGGAGUCUAAAGAGCCCGGAAGUACCACCCCACGGCCAUCAGAUGAGCCGACAACGGUAACCAAACCCAUCACAAAACCUACGGAAGAGCCUACAACAGAUAAACCCCAAAAACCCACUACGACCGAAUAUCCUGGAAAACCAACCACCACAGAAGAGCCUACAACAGAUAAACCCCAAAAACCCACUACGACCGAAUAUCCUGGAAAACCAACCACCACACAAGAACCUACAACCGAAAAACCACAGAAGCCCCCCACAACCGAAUACCCCGGAAAACCUACCACGCAGGAAACCACCACCACAGGUAUUCCCGGCUAUAUGCCAACAACAACUACUGUUGCGGUAGAAACUACAACAACUACUCCAGGCUAUAAGCCUACUACAACCGCUGAGCCAGUAACCGAACCUAUCACAACCACAGUACAACCUACUACUACAACAACUGUUGAAAUUACAACGACAAAUGUUCAACAACCCACUACCACAACUGAACCCCCAUCAACAACCCCUGAAACGUCAGAGGGUCCAACAACCACACUUCAGCCUGAACCACAAACGAACUAUAACUGCACCGCCGAGGGAUUUUUCCCUGAUCCCCAGGAUUGCAGUCGCUAUUAUCGUUGUGUAGACGCCGCAAAGAAUGGCAAGUACCAGGUUUAUGGGUUUAAGUGCGGUAAGGGAACUGUUUGGGACACAUCCACCGAAACUUGCAAUUAUGCCGAUCAGGUGUCGGGCAAUUGCUCUUCAGGUCAGACCACUUCAUCGCCAGGAAAUUCCACGGAACCCGGAACAACGGAAAGUACAACCAGUUCUGGAACCCCUGAGACUACCACUUCGAGGGUCCCCGAAACCACAACUGCAGGAGCUCCCGAAACAACUACCACUGCAAGCCCUGAAACCACUACCACAGGAGGCCCUGAAAACACUACUACACCAACUCCCGAAACCACUACCACUGGAGCCAUUGAAACUACUAGCCCUGGAACAACUACUACCGGAACCCCUGAUACUACUACCACAUCGGUUAAGCCAGAGACCACAACCACAACGGGGGGAGAAACCACAACCACUCAGCCAACGACUGAGACCCCAACCACCCCAGAGAAUCCUACUCCCGGCACCAAUUCCACCGCCCCUUGUCCAACAACCGGUCCCGGACAGAAUGUGUACGUCUGUCCCACCGGAUUCCGUCAGCAUCCGGAAAAGUGUGGCAUGUUCUACCAGUGCAGCGAGAGUUCGGAUAGCAACGAUUUAAACAUUGUGGUAUUCCAAUGUCCCAAUGGAACUGUCUACCAGGACAACACCUGCAGUUGUGGCAAGCCCCAGACGGGAGAUAAAUGCUCCAAGGAUAUGAAGAGGACCACCAAUUUGUUCGAACAGGAAACAAAACUCCAGAACGUGGUACAAAUCAGCACGACGGCACCUCUCUGUCCGGAUGAGGGUCACUUCGCGCUAAACGAUGACCAGUGCGGCCAGCUGUUUGUCAAAUGUGGAUUCUCGGAGCUGACGGGACGCAUCGAGGGUCAGAUCCACCGCUGUCCUCAGGGAUUCGCCUACUGGAACGUGAGCCGGCGAUGCGAACCCGCCCGGAAGCUGCUCAACUGCACCCCAACCACCUACAAUGUGGGCGGAAAUGUGCCGCUGGAGUGGCUCAACAUUGGCCAUAGACGCCGCAGCAUGCGCAUUUAAUUAGAUUUAGUCUAGAUUCGCUUAGUCGCCCGCCAUUGUUUGUUUGCUGCGCCAGCACUUGAUGACCAGUUUAACAAGCUGAUCCUGAUCAAGGGAAUUAGCUGGCACAACAAACGAUCGAACAGAAGAGUUAGCUUAGGACGUAGGGAAAUUACAGUAGGUUAAGAAAGGCCUUAACCCUCCAACAUCAAAAUCCUUAAAUGGGAAUUAAAAAAAAAACAUUAAGUUGCACUUUUAGGAAAACAAUUCGUUAAUUGGAAAGAUCCAAUUACAUUUUUAAGCAACUAUAAACUUUAUAUUUAUAUCAAGAACAUUUCUCUGAAGAGAAUAAACCCAAAACAACUUCAAAGAUUGUUGUAAAAAUUAUUUUUCCAAAAGUAUUGGUUGUUGGAGGGUUAAAUAGAUUCUUGGUGUCGGACUGCAAAACU